AUGUUGUUAUUAAUAAUACUCGUCAGCUAUAUUUUGGGUUGUGUAUCGACAAUUGCUUUACUGCUAUAUUUAUAUACAUACUAUGCAUUUUCCUCACCAGUAACAUUCAAUGAACAAGAGGAAGAACAGUAUCAAACAUUUCAUCCAUUACCUGAGGGAGAACAAGCUAAAAAUUCAGCUGUUGAUGCUGUUAAUUAUUUACUUCAAUUUUUAUUUCAAGAACUAAAAGAUAGUUCAGGAUUAAGACGUUAUUUAAUGCAUAAAUUAAAUACAGAAUUUAACGAAUUAAAAAAUAAUCGAACAGCAAGAAUAUUUCUUCACAAUAUUUCUAUACAAAAUUUUUCAAUUGGAAAAAAAUGUCCAGUAUUAAGCGAUAUUCAACUUGAACGACAAGAACGUGAUGAACGUAAUUUGAUUAAAGAAUUUGUGGCUAAUAUUGAUGCUGAUUAUCAAGAUGGAUUUUCUGUUACACUUGAUGUAACAUUAUCAUUUGGUCCUAAAUGUCAAGUACUUAUUAAAGUUAAACGUAUUCAAGGACGUUUACGUUUAGAAUUUCGACGUGAACCAUUUUGUCAUUGGUUAUUAGUUUUUCAAAAUGAACCAUUAAUUGAUUUUGAAGUUAAAUCUUAUUUUGCUGCUGGUGAAAGUGCACAAGUAGCACAAAUUAUUACUCAACAAUUAACUCGUGCUUUAAAACGUAAACAAACAUGGCCAAGUUAUAAAAUUCGUUAUACACCAUUUUUUUCAUCAUCACAACAAUCAUUACCAAUUGAAAUUUUAUCUACUAAUGGAAAUAAUCUUAUACCUGGCACAUUUAAUGUAUUAAUUACACAUUGUGAUCGUCUUUCAAUUCCAUUAAAAAUAUUUGAUAAACAAAAAGUUUCAUCAGUAUCAGUAUUUUUAACAGUAAAUAUCAAUGAACAAAUGUGUGCUGAUUAUUUACAUAUAGAACGUCGGCAAUGGCCAACGAAAGAAAUUGAACUCAUACGUAAUACACAUAAGAUAAUUGUUAAAGAAGUUACUUAUAUGAAUCGAACUGAAUUAUUAAUUGAACAAAUUGAUCCAAUGCCAAAUGGAAUUGAAAAUAUAGAAGCAUUUAAAACAGCAUUAGAAGAUAAAAAUAUAUUUUUACUUCAAAUGCAAGGACAAGAUGUUAAAACACUUAAACAAAUGCAUCGUUUGCUAAAAUAUAAACCAUCUGUUUUACCUAAUGAUGGAACAACAUCAUCAUCAGCAACAACAACAACAACAACAACAACAGCAUUAAAUGUAAAUGAAGAUAAAAUAAAACUUAUUGUUGGUAUGCCUUUAUUACAUAGUGUUCGAGUACAUUAUAGAGUCGAACCAUUGAAUACAACAGAAACAGAAAAACAAGGUGGACAUUCACCAUCAUUGUCAAUACGUAGUGAUAAAUUUUCAACACCAACCAAUGUACGAAAAAGAACUGUUGAACCAACAAUAAAGUUUGAAAAAAAUGUCGAUUCAAUUGGUUUAGAAAAUAAAUCAUUAGACGGUGAUGAUGAACAAAUACAAAAUACUAAUACGGAAGAUACUUCUAUCAAACCAUCAAAUACAAAUAUAACGAAAAAAACGAAACAAUUAAAAAAUGCUGUAAAUGAGAUCAUUUUAAUUAUGAUGAAUGCAGAUAUUUUACAAGAAUUUCAAGCUCAACCGACUCCUCCUAAAAAAGCGGAAACCUACAUCGAAUUCGAUCAUAAAUUCAAGUUUCAAGUUGGUCCCAAUGAUAAAUUUCUUAAUGUUUGUUUAUGGUGUAAACCGCCACUUGAUUGUGAUGUACCAAAUGCUGGCAAAAAACUUAUCUUACUCGGUUAUGCUACAAUUGCUCUUUCACAAAUAGUACUUGAUGCACAUAUGAGUUAUAAACGUGAAACACAAAUGAUGCUCAAUUUUCGAUCGCCUUAUUCAGACAUCUCUAGUUUGUAA